AUUCGUGAUCAUUCGUACAAUCUCGUCCAGAAACCAACAACAAACUUAAUAAUUAAAAAAAAAAUGACAUAUAUUUAUCAUUAAAAUUAAUUAUAUUUAUUAAAUAUAUAUGCACUAUAAAUAAAUAAUAUAGGUUUAACAAAUUACAUUGUGUAAAAAAAAAUAAUAAUUGAAUUAUAAAAUGACGCCAAAACGCAAGACAACAAGUUCUGAAUCAACAACAUCAAGUUCAUCUGGUUCAUCAUCAAGUAGCUCAUCAAGUUCUGGAAGUGAAUCAAGUUCAUCUGAUUCAGAAAAUUCAAGUAGUUCAGUUAAAAGUCAAAAAAUAUCUGAUAAUGAAAAAACAAAUAAGAAAAAAACUUCAAUCACAACAAAUCGUCAUAAUAAAUCUAAAAAUGAUACAAAUACAACAGAUAAUAAAAAUGAUGAUAAUAAAACAGCAACAAAUUCAAGAACACUUAUUUAUACAUCUGAAUCUGAAGAAUCACAAAUAAAACAAAAACCAGUAAGCAAAAAAAAACCACCAACAAAACCAAAAGCAACAGCAACAGUUGCACCAGUUAUUAAAGCACAAAAACCAACUGGUAAAACACAUCCAUCAUCAGCACAACAUAAAAAUGCAUUAACAUCAAAAUUAGUCCAUAAAAAUAAUAAAACAAGUGGUAAUACAAAUAGUGGUAAUAUUAAUAAAACAAAUGACAAAACAUCAAAACAAAAUAAUGAUUCAAAUAAAAAAAAACUUAUUAAAAAAAAAAGUAUAUUUAGUCCAGAAAAUAGUAGUGAAAGUGAUACUCCUGUAUCACAAAAACAAAAUACUAAAACAACAACAACAACAUCAGCAUCAAAUUCAGUAACUAAGACAAAAUCAUCACCAACAAAACAAAAACAAAAUGAUGCAAAAUCAAGACCACCAGCAAAUAGACCAAGUUUAAUAACAAGACAAAUAAAAUCAGAAAGUUCAACAAGUUCAAAAAGUGAUUCUGGUGCUUCUGGAGGUGGAGGUUCUGGUUCAUCUGAAUCAUCAGAGAGUAGUUCUGAUUCUGAUUCAUCAGAUAGUUCACCAAGUUCACAGCCACCAGUUAAAAAAAAAGAUAAUCAUACAAAUAAUACAAAUUCAAGACCAUCUGUUGCUGUUGCUGCUGUUAAGCCACAAAAAAAUACCAAAAGACCAGUUACAACAAUUAAAAGUGAAGCUGAUGAAUCAGACAGUGAUAGAAAAGACGUAAAGCCAAUUAAUCGAACGUCAUCAGCAACAUCACCAAAAGGAAAGAAAAAAGUUCAAUCUAAAAAAAUUAAUAAACUUUUACAAUCACAAAUAAAAGCUGAAACUGAUACAGAAUCAGAUGGUGGAUGUGUUGAAAUAAAAAGAAGUACAAGUAGAUCACCAGUAAAACGUGUAACAAAUAAAAAUUCUACAAUAUCAACAUCAGUUAAAUCAACUGGACAUGGUACAAGUGGUUCAACAAGUGGUAAAUUAUUACAAAAUGAUAAAUCACGUAAUAAAACAACAAAAGCACUUGAAUGUCCAUUGGCAGCAACAUGUGAUUCACUUGGACAUUUAUCAGGAAAAUUAGAUACUCAUUUUACCUUGGAAUCAUGUCCAAUUUAUCACAAUACAACACCUCAAGCUUGCAUAGAUUUUUAUAAAGAAAGAAAAAAACGUGAAGAAGAAAGAAGAAAAGCAAUAAUAUGUGUAGGUAAAAAAUCACCAAAAGGAAUACAUCAAACAAAUGAACAACGUAAUUAUCAAUUAAAAGUUAAAGAAAUGAGAAGUAAAUUUAAAAGAUCAAGUGCUGAUGGUGGUGGUGGUAGUGAUAGUGGUGGUGAACGUCCUGGUAUAACAAAAGAUAGACAACCAAAAUUAUCAUGUUUAACAUCUGAUUAUGAUUUAAAACUUUUCAUGGAAGCACAAGCUCUUGCUAGUGAAAAAAUUGAAAAAGAAUUAAAAGAACAACAUUAUGAUGUUGAAGGACGUAAUGGUGGUGGUACACGUUGUGUUGAAAUGGGAAAAUGGGAAAUGGAAGUGUGGUAUCAAAGUCCAUAUCCAGAAGAAUUUUGUCGUGCACCAAAAUUAUAUCUUUGUGAAUUUUGUUUAAGAUAUGCUAAAAGUCGACAAGUACUAAGACGACAUCGUGAAAAAUGUAUAUGGAAACAUCCACCAGGUCAUGAAGUUUACAGAAAAGAUAAAAUUGGAGUAUGGGAAGUUGAUGGAAAACGUUAUAAACAAUAUUGUCAAAAUUUAUGUUUAUUGGCAAAAUUUUUUCUCGAUCAUAAAACAUUGUACUACGAUGUUGAGCCAUUUUUAUUCUAUGUCAUGACAAUAAAUGAUUCAGAAGGUUGUCAUACAGUUGGAUACUUCAGUAAGGAAAAAAAUUCAUUUUUGAAUUACAACGUAUCGUGUAUAUUGACCUUACCACCUUAUCAGAGACAAGGCUAUGGACGGCUUCUAAUUGACUUCAGCUAUUUAUUAACAAGGGUUGAAAAGAAAAUUGGAUCACCAGAAAAGCCACUAUCUGAUUUAGGUCUAAUAUCAUACCGAAGUUAUUGGAAAGAUGUACUUCUUCAAUAUUUAUGUAACUUUGGUGGUAAAGAAUUAUCAGUAAAAGAUAUAAGUAAAGAAAUGGCUAUUGAUUCAUACGAUAUAGUCAGUACCCUCCAAGCUUUGGGAAUGAUGAAAUACUGGAAAGGAAAACAUAUAAUAUUAAAAAAACAGGAUGUGAUUGAUGACUACAAAGAGAGGGUAAAAAGACGUGGUCCAGUCUACAAAGAAAUUGAUCCUGACUGUCUUAAAUGGAAUCCUUUUCAACCACCAAAAACACCAGCUACUUCCAAUUGAAAUUGGAAAUAUUAAUUGGACAAUUAUGUCGUUAAUUCAACAUAUUUAAUGUCAAUUUAUGACAAAAUAAUACAAUGAUAUGUAUAUAUGGUUAUUGUCAUUAGCAGUAAAAUAUUAUUCUCUAUUUUUAACCCUCUGUUUUUUUAUGAUUAAAGACAAUAUCAAAAAAGUUCACCCUGGUCAUGAGCAAUGAUUGUCUUUUUUUUUUUAUUGUUCUAUAAACAGAGGGUUGAAUUUCGAAAGGGAGAUUAAUAUUUUAUAGAUUAGUUAAAGAUUGACUGAUUUAUUAUUGGUCAAGAAAAGGAUUGAAAAAAUAUGUAAAUAGAACUAGUUUUUG